AUGAAAAAGCUUUUCGUCUUCUGGAGAAGGAAGCAUGAUACCAGGCUGCCCACUGAGCUGGGCUACGACCUUCGAGAUAAGGAUUUCAAGAAAUUUCCCAAGGCUGCCUCAGUAAGGGAUUUGGAGAAGGUGAAGGAGUAUCUUCAUACCUUCAGCUCAUGAAACAUGAAUGUGGACAAGCGGGAAUAUAGAACACCUUUGCACCUGGCCUGUGCUAAUGGAUAGUCAAAUGUUGUAUCUCUUUUAAUUGAGAAACAAUUCAAAAUGAAUGUCUGGGAUAGUAAAAACAGAUCUCCAUUGGCCAAGGCAGCACAGUGUGAAAAGGAGAAUUGUGCUUCUGUUCUUCUAGACCGUGGUGCAGACCCAAAUCUGGUGGAUUCAGAUGACAAUACUGCUCUCCAUUAUGCUGUCUGUGCUCAAAGUGUCUCAUUAGUCAAAAAGUUGAUUUAACACGGAGCUCAUCUUGGAGCUCAAAAUAAAGAUGUGUAUACUCCACUUUUACUUGCCAUUACUGAAAAUAAGGCAGAAAUGGUAGAAUUUCUUCUACAGAGAGGGGCAGAUGUCAAUGCUUUAGCUAAGAAUCAAAGGGGCACAGCACCUGUAAAAGAUGAUGAUCUAUUCAGAGACCUAAUUCACUUUCCUCCUGAUUUUCAUGCUCAGGACAGCGCUCUUCCUCCAUCUGACAGUGAUCCAGCUCAUGAGUUGCAUGUGGAUUACUCAGUGCACCAGAGAAGUGCUGAGAGCUCUAAGUGCCCAGAUCUAGGAAACUUACUCUUCCUCUGUGACUAUGUUUAUCAUUCUGAAGAUGGGGCACUAAAUGCAGUUAUAGGUGCUUCACCGAAAGAGACGAUUGAAAACCAUUAUUCACCUAGUGGAUUUGGAGGCUCCACUUGUGACAAACAAGUUAAGGAAGCUAUGAAGGCUCAGUCUGCAGAAGAACAGAUUAAGCAGAGACAUCAUUGCUUCUUAAAAUAUCUGAAAAAUUGUCAAGUAGAAGAAGCUGUUGAUGUAUUUUGUGUUUUUUGCAACAAUAUCUUUCCAAAUAAAGGAACUCUCUCUACAACACACUCCCUGCCACGGACGCGUUUAGGAGGAGAUUGA